CCAUCGUCCGCGCGCGCUAUAUAUAUCUGUCGUCUCCUUCCCCGAAUCCAUUUCGUUUGAUCCUCCACACACUUCGUUCGUUCCACCGCAACAACCUCCCAUUCCCAUCCACAUGGCCGCCGUCGGCGACGUCGCCAGGUACUGGCUGGCGGAGCACCCGGCCAUCGUGGGCUUCCGGUGGAGCCCCUCCGGCGGCCUCUGGUUCUCCACCUGGGCCUUCCUCCUCAGCUUCCUCGCCGCCUACGUCGCCCUCUGCCUCACCCUCGACGCCCUCCUCGCCGCGCUCCGCCGCAAACGGCCGCUCCCGCUCGGCGCCCUCCCAUCGGCCCACGCGCUUCUCAUGGCCGCCGUUUCGGCCGCCGUCUUCGCCGGCACCCUCGUCUCUGCCGUCGCCGAGAUACGCGACACGCGGUGGUCGUGGCGGGGCCGGAGCCGCACCACCCCGCUCCGCUGGCUGCUCUGCUUCCCGCCGGGCACGCGCUCCUCGGGCCGCGUCUUCUUCUGGUCCUACGCCUACUACCUCUCCCGCUACCUCCACGCCGCGCGGGGCCUCUUCGCCGUGCUCCGGCGCCGGCGCGGCGCGGCCGCCCGCGUCUUCGCGCACGCCGCCGCCGUCGCCAUGGCCUUCCUCUGGCUCGAGUUCUCCCAGUCCUUCCAGGUGCUCGCCAUCCUCGCCUCCACGCUCGCGCACGUCGUCGCCUUCGGGUUCCGCGCCGGGCUGCCGGCCGCGCGCGCCGCCAGGGUGGCGCCCGUGGCGCUGGUCGGGUGCAACGUCGUCUGCCACGCCGGCGUCCUGUGGAUGCACUUCGGAGGGGCCGUCGCCGGCGGGUGCAGCGGCAUCGGGGCCUGGCUGGUCAACACGCUGCUCAACGCUGCCCUCCUCUGGGUCUUCUUGCAUUGCUAUGGUAGGCGCGGCGUCUCCGACGACGACGGCCGCGUCAAGGAAACAUGACCGCCGAUCGAUCUGCGAGGUGCGAGGUGACUCCCAAUGCGAUGAGGAGAGGAAAAACCAUGUAAUAUAUCCAUCUUUUUUGUACAUAUAUAUAGGCCGAAAUUAAUUAAUUUGGUAUCCCAAUGUGAUGAGGAGGAAGACUUAAUUAAUUAUAGAGUUGUCUCAAAUUUUUCUUUAUAGAGAUCGAUUGGCUUAUGCAUGGGAUUCGAUUGAUUAUAAUCGAACCCCUGCUGCUGCUUUAACCUGACUGACUCGCUUCUUCACCUUCAUGGAUCGCUAGGACCAAUUUGGUGCUUCUUGCCUUUGAUCUGAGCUGAAAUCGCAGCUCAAUCUGAAAUCCUGACGUUAAAAUGAAUCAAAUUCCAUUCAUGGGCUCACCGCACACACGCGAUAUAUAGGUAUUGUUCGUCUGCGGGUUAGAAAAAGACAACAAGUAUUGUGGAGCUGAUGAAAGAGCUAGGACUAGAGUGACACCAGUGACAGAGAUGCGUGCAAGCACACAUGUGAAGAUGUAUCAGAAAUUCAGAAUGGCAGCAUGCAUCUUGACAAGGAGUAUCGUAUCUUGCUGAUGUUUUGUCCGGUUCAAUAGGUGUAUACAAUCCAACAAGAGCACAGGAGAACAAAAUAGACGAGUCAGUUCUAAAACAAAUAGAUCACUUCUGGUGUAUAGUAGAAAUGCAUCGCAGAAGCAAACAACAAGACAUGGGGACGUGGAUGGGCAAGUAGCAUGAGACUUGGAGGAUUCUGCGCCUGCCUCGGUUUCUGUUUGAAUAGAACAAGCUCCAGUGAGCAAGGACACUCACAUACAUGACGCAUGAUCUCUAUAUUUUUUUGUUCAGCAGAUUAUGAUGAACAAGAGAGAGAGGGGGGAAGGCGACAGACAGGGAGACAAACCGCGCCAUUGCUGCCUGCCUGCAUGUGAAGCUAGCUCAAACACCAACGCCAAAACCAGAACCUGAGAGUAUGGUGUGGUGCUCUGCGGCAGCCUGUUCCUCUGUCGUCCACAACUGCUGUGGGAGCAAUCUGAAAUUAAGGCGCGCGGGACAGCCAGUUACCAUGUCGACUUUGCAAUCUGAAGCUGCCUUACCUGAAACUCUCUGCAUACACAAUUAGCCGCGUGGCUAACAGGGAGCUGCCGACACCAUAUUUAAUUUGUUUUCCAAAAAUUUCACUGAUC